ACGAAACUAUCGCGUACAGAGCGUGUCCGGUGCGGAUAUCAGACGGGUGGAUGAGAGAAAGGCCGUGGAGGGAGGAAAAAGGCUCUCGGAAAUCGUCGAGGAUCAGUCUUCAUCGUUUUCACUAUAUCCGGAAUGCGGUGCAGCCGUGACAUCUCGGGCCCUGAGGAGAUCGUUCGAGAAAAUUGCCGUCUUACACCCGUGCACGGCAUCCUCGGUGUCUUGUCAUGAGACUCGGAUAACAUACGGCGCUGUCCGUAUCGAAGAACCGGUGACAGCUAAACAUACCGUACCUCGAAGCCCCGUCGUUCCUAGGCUGAAGUGACAAACGUUCAAAGUCCAAUUAAACGAGAUCGAUUGGUACCCGCGCGCAAGUGACGUGGACUAAUUUAUAGCUUUCGACCUGGACUAAUUUAUUGAAAAGUGUCUGAAGUUGUAUUACUAUAUACGUAUACCUAACGCGAGAUGCGCCAUCGCUCUUGAUAGUGUGUGAAUUUAACGAGAAAAAUUGAAUCUACUGAUAGGACAGCUUGGAUGAUCGGCGAAAUAAAACGAAUAGUGAAGCUAUAGUUAAAGAAUCUGAGAUUCCGUUGAAAUUUGAAAAGAAAUUGUUUGCCUAGAACAAAACUAAAUGCCUACAAUAAAAGAAAGAAAAUGACGAAGGCAUUUUGAGCAAAUUUCACUUAUCGACAUUGUCAUCUCAAAAAGUCUUAUUGAUGUGUGACUCCCAAGUGUUUAGUGUCGUCCAAGAAAAAACUCUUUUAACGAGGAUUUUUAAAGCGAGUUUCUAGCAGCUCGAAGAUUUUUUCCGUGUUCAAGGUUGUAACAAAUAGACACCAUGUUGGAAUUCUAUCCUCCGGCGCCUGGUUCUUUCAAUCGUCAAGGUGAACCCGGCCAGUCCUUGCCGACGGUUCCACCUAUUCCCUUCCGGCCUACAUCUGAUAAUAAUAACGCAGAGCCGUCCGUUUCCGUGAAGACGGAAUCCGGUCUUCUGGAGACGAUUUGCGCCGGCUGCGGCCGCACAAUCGCCGACAAGUACGUGAUGAGGGUGGCCGAGAGGAAUUACCACGAGGAGUGCCUCUCGUGCACGGCAUGUGGCGCGAUGCUGUCGCACUCGUGCUUCAUACGCGACCUCAAGCUCUACUGCCGUUCCGAUUACGAGAGGAUCUUCGGGGUGAAGUGCGCGCGUUGCAUGGAGAAGAUCAGCUGCUCGGAUCUGGUGAUGCGGCCGGUGUCCGGCCUGGUGUUCCACGUGGAGUGCUUCGCGUGUUGCAUGUGCGGCCAGCCGUUGCCGAGGGGCGCCCACUAUAUCCUCAGACAGGGCCAGCCGAUCUGCAGACGGGACUUUGAGCACGAAUUGUUUUUAAAUAGCCCGCAAGAUGACGACUUAUUGGAUGAGAAUCGACCACGGGACGGUCGUCGAGGUCCAAAACGGCCGCGGACGAUACUCACAUCGGCACAACGACGUCAAUUCAAAGCGUCUUUCGAGGUGUCCCCGAAACCCUGCAGGAAGGUGCGGGAGGCCCUCGCCAAGGAUACCGGCCUCAGCGUGCGCGUGGUCCAAGUGUGGUUUCAGAAUCAGCGAGCAAAGAUGAAGAAGCUUCAGAGAAAGGCCAAAACUGAGCCGGGAUCCGACAAAGAACCGAAAGAGGAGCGAAGGACGGAAAGUCCGCACAGUGAUCACAGUCAUUACUUGAACGCCCUGAACAUGCGCGAUGGGGAAUCUUCUAGCUUCCCCUCAGCCACCCAACCGCUCAACCCCAAUAACCCGUACUCGCCCGACGACGCGUAUCCAGGGCACUCGGGGGAGAGCUUCUGCAGCAGCGACUUGUCCCUGGACGGGACGGACGGCGGCUUCGACAUCGGCGAGAACGACGGCGGCGGCGCGGAUGGCAGUCAUCAGGGCGCCUCGCAUUCCCAUCACGGCUCAUCAUCGCACGACACUCCGUCGCUGUCGCAGAGCCUGCACGCGGCCAUUCACAAUCCCAUCGACAAACUGUUCAUGAUGCAGAGUAGUUACUUCAGUGGUGAUCACGCGUAAUCCAAAUUUUCCUUUCCUCAAUCUCGCGUCGCUUAUUUUGCCCUCCUCAUCGUCCCCAUCCUUUUCAGUAUCCUUCCCUCGCGUGUCCUAUCAAUUGGCUUUGUUGCGUCAACGAAGGAAUCGACAUUGCAUUUCGUUCCUUUUUCGAAAUGAUCGCGGCGAGAUAAAGAUAGAUAUUUUUCGUUCCCCACGCGACUUGUUAUUAACCCAUUUCUGGUCAACAUCAUGUAUAACUUAUUUUUCUACGCGAUAUGCAAAAUAUUUCUAAAUUUCUUUAAAGAUUUCGUGAUGUGUGUGUUGACGCAACGUCAAAACGUUCUCUUCGAAAUGUUUGCUUUUCUUCAUUGAUGAAGAAUGAAAAUCUGUAUUUAUUCCUCUGUGUGUAAUAAAUAGAUAUUCAUAAAUACAGUACAAAGAAUAUUAUUACGGAACUCUUUCCUUCUUCGUCCUAUUUUGCAUUGCGUGGCAAGGGACAACAAACUCCAUCGACGUUGAAUUAGUGCAGCGUUUCUUUUUUAGAAAAUUUUCACGCGUUCUUAAUAAUCUUGAUUGCAGAAAAAUUAUUGUGAUAAAAUAUUUUUUUCCUUUCACGGUCAAAAAUGGGUUAUAAGAAGAAAAUAACUCGAAAGAUGAUCAAAACAAAUGCUAAUAAUAAAUAUUAAUUUUUAAACAACUCUACAUAUAUUUAUUUAUUAUUAUCAAAGAAAAUAGUUUAAGAUCUUUGUUUAACAAACUAACUAGGGUAAGAGUUUACUCUAUCAUUAAUUAUUGUAUGUAACAAUUAAUAUAUAGUAGUCACAAUGUGAAAUUAUAGUAAUAACUGUGACAAUGAAAACAGCAUGAGACUAUACUCUCAUGAAGACGCGAUUUUUUUAUGUCUGUUAUUUAUUGUAGGUUUAUUUAUUUAAUUUAUUUAUAAUAUUAAUGUGUUUAACCUUAUUAUAUCCAUCUUAAUUAAUCAAUCAAAUUAAUAUAUUUUUCAGAGUUUUUCGAUGAUUUGCAAAGAUGUGUUAUAAGAUGCGCGUGAUGAAAGAGAUAAAAUUCGAUAAUACCACCGUUGAUCAGUACGUAGGAGAGAAAAUAUUGUUUAAAUGGAAAUACUAUACUUUUGUUCACUCAUCUCUUUCAAGUACUUUUUGAGCAACAAGAUAAGAUAAAAAUGAAUAUAGGAGAGUUAGACUGUAUCAGCAAAUCUACAAGAUUUCGAAUUUGUCAGAUGAUUAUUGACUAUUAAUGUAUGACUAAAAAAUUUAAAAAAAAUUAUACUAUAAAAAAAUAUACUUUCUCUAAAAAUAUCUAAAAACGUAUACUCUAAAAAAUUAUACUAUAAAAACUGCAAUCUAUUUUUCAUGUAUAAAACGGUAUAUUUAAAUGUUUGAUGUACAUUAUAUUUGUUCCGUGAGAUCGUUACUAAUCUACAAAUUGCAUCGCAACUAUCGCAACUAAUAGUCAUUAUUGCAUCUAUUUGUUCUGCUUCUAAUAAUAGGCUAUUUGCAAAGAUUUUCAUUCGUUCUGUUUGGUAUUACGCUAUUAUUCUAGUAUAACAACUAUCGGAGCGAGGCAAUAUAUUUGUCGAUAAUAACGCAUUAACUCGCGGCGCGAAUAAAAGUUAACAAUUAGCCAUUGUUAUUUUAUAACAUAUAUCUUCAUCAUAAAUAUCGAUACAAUUUUUAUUAUAAAUAUUCCUAGUAACAGGACUUUAUAUUUCUCAUCGCUUAUAAGACUAAUUUAAAAUUUGCUUAGAUAGGAAUAAUUCGACAACUAUUCCUCGUCAACAAUGUAACACAUUAGAAAUAAUUAUUAAUAGUCAACAAUAAUACCUUGUGAUUUUCGGAAUAUACUUUCGAGUUAUGUAUAUUGCUUUCGCAGCCUGAGAAAUGCUUUACGUUAUCACUACAAUAUAGUGAUAUCUUUUCAGUCUAAGAUUAUGUUGAUUGAUAUAUUAAACAAUGUUUCUAUAAUGCCGAACAAAGUAAAAUUAUAUAAACAAGUAAAAAUAUAAUAUGUUUUAUUCCGUUAAACAAAAAUAUAUAUAUCUCAAAUGUGUUGCAUAUUUGUAAAAAGAUAUUGUCAAAAUAAUUGCGCGAUUAUUCAUCGAGUAAAAUUACGUAGAGAAAGUAAAACGUAAUAAAAAAUUAAGAUAAUGUGACGUAAUGGAAUAUUCACGGUUUACAUUAUAUGCUAUAGAAAUUUUCAAUUAUUAUCUAAUUUUCUGAUUAUAUUUUGUUUGAAGAGAUUUAUAUAUAUAUAUAUAGAUGUUUAUAAAAAAUUAUAAAGUCUUUUUUUAUGAUUCAUAUUAUAAAUAUAAUUUAAAAUUGUAUACAUAGAUAGAUUUGCUUUUGCUUGUUCGUUUUACGCUUAUAUUUCUUAGAAAUAUAUUUUCAUUUACCCUGCGGCGUGCAUUUCUAGAGAGCAUUUUCGACGGUAGAAAAUAAAACGUAUAUGCAUAUAUUAAUAUAUGAUAUGAUUUUUUAUGUAUAUUACUUUCAUUUUCAAUUGUUUGAACACUGUUUUGUCGAAACAAUGUCUUUAAUGACAUGACGCAAUUCUUAUGGUUAAAAUUUUCUUUAACACAAUUUUUUUUUUUUUUUCUUAAACUUUAAGAUUCGAAAGAUUUAAAACUCGAUGAUAAAACUGUAAAAUGAUACAAUAUAGAAAAAUUUUACGAGAUUAGACUCAAAUUUCUUAUCGACAACGUAAUAUUGAGACAUUUCUCACGAUAAGGAUGUCGCAAUAAUAUAAUCACAAUAAUCAUAUUACUGAUAAAGAAAAUUUUAUGCCUUGUAUAUAUUUAAUAACAACUAUUUUUUCGCAAGAGAAAUAAAGUAUCUCAUUUCAAUUAAAUAUUUGUUCUAUUCUCCUUAUCAAAUAUCAAUGAUACAACUUGAUAAUUUCUGCUUUGUAUUCCUUAUGUAUUCCUAAUCAUUAGUAUAAAUUGAAGCACAAAAUAUAUUUAUCUACGAAUUUCUAAUAUACGUUAGAAUUUAGAUUACAAUGUUGACUUUUUGUUGUGACAUCCAAAAAAAAAAAAAAAAAA